GAUCUACCUGAGAAAAUGUUCCAAAUCCUCACAAUACUGUUGCUGGAAACACAGGUCUCCAUGGUAUCAGCUUUAUUUACAGUUGAAGUUCCUCAACAGCUCUACAUUGCGGAGUAUGGGAGCAACGUGACCAUGGAAUGCAGAUUCCCUGUGAAUGGCUCAGUGGAUCUAAGACUUCUGACUGUUGUUUGGGAGCAGAAAAGGCAGGGCUUGUUGAAAUCAAAAGAGGUGUACACAUUCCGCAAUGGGAACACACUCCAUCCGUCUCAACAUCCUGAUUACGUAGGAAGAGCAUCACUUCUGCACAGUGAACUGGAGCUGGGACGAGCCAUCCUCCAGAUCACCAAUGUUAAGAUCACAGAUGCAGGAUCAUAUCUAUGUCUCAUUGACUACCAGGGCGUGGACUACAAGUACAUUGCUUUGGAAGUAAGAGCAUCUUACAAGAGAAUAAAUACUCAAGUAAUGAGAAUACCAGGUGAAGACAAGUUUGUUUUUAUGUGCCAGUCAGAAGGCUUUCCUCUGGCAGAGGUUUUCUGGCAAAAUAAGAACUUCAGUCUCAGCGGAUCUGCAAAUACCACCUAUACACUGACUGCAGAUGGUCUCUACAAUGUCACCAGCAUCCUGACAUUCAAACCAAAUAUGAGUGAGAACUACACGUGUGUCUUCUGGAAUAAAGAACUGAAUGGAGAAACUUCAGCUCACUUUUCCACUUUAGCUUUAACGAAUACACAGUACAGUGGACAAAAAUUCCUGAUCUCUUUAAUCAUCCCCACAUGUGUGACUGUAGCUGUCCUUCUCUCUGCACUAAUAAUAUUUCAGAAGAGAAAAUCAUUCAAGAAUGAGCAACCCAAAAAAGGCAGGAAAAGAAAGCUGAACCCUAAUGCAAAGGAUGAGAAAAGUGAUGAUUUUAACUCUCAGACUGAGGCUUUAUACUUGUCAACUGCCACAGCUUCAAGAGACAGUGGGAGUGUGGGUCUGUGAAAAUUCUUCAUCUACAUUCCAUAAUUUGCACUUUUUCCAUCAGUUUUUGGGGACUUCAAAGGAAAAUUACAGCACUUUAGCCUUAGGAUAGAAAGUGGACUCAUGGGGAUGUAUUUACACUGCUGCGAUGGAAAGCUGUGCCUCCUCAGAUACUGUAUCUUCUUGAAGUUACUGAGAACUAUGCUGUCAGGAAAUGUGGUUUACCACUGUGGAGAGGUCAGCUGAGUGCAUCUGAUACACUUUACUUUUGGACUUACUGUUGCUCAAGGGAUUUUUCUAUAAGAAUGCCUUUAUCACCUGUUCCAGUCUCAGGAAUGGUGCUUGGAGUAAAAAACUCUUGUGGAAUUUGAAUUAAAGCUGUAAAUGCUACCUUAUUAUUAUUAUACCCAAUUAUCUUUCUGGUGGAAACAUCAUCACAAGCCCAUAUCCCAUUUCCAAAUUUUCUAACACAAUAAACUACGUAUUACCAGAAGUAUCCUUUUGCAUCAUUGUAUGCACUUGUAUAAAACUUUUAUCAUUGCAACAGCUAGAAGAUAUUUCAUAUCACAAGAGCAAUAAGAGGUUGAAUUUAAA